UAUCCUGCGGAAAUUGUAGGAAAACGUACUCAAGUUCGUGUUGAUGGAAGCACGAUCAUCAAGUGUCACUUAGACGUUGCCCAACGUAACUACAUUGAGCAUAAGCUGAAGACGAUCACCGGUUUAUACAAGAAACUCACCGGAAAGGAUGUACAAAUUGAGUUCCCUGAAAUUCGAAGAUCAUUCGCACGGAUAUCGCUUCUGGAACUACAGCGUCUGAUCGAUCUCCAUCGGAUAGAUCCAAACGAACCAAUCGAUUUGACCACUAUCUGCAACACGGGUUUGUAUUUUCUCGAUGUAGAACACAAUCGACAAUAUGGUUUUCAGUUAACCGAAGAUGGUGUUGAUAAUUUCGUCACGCCCAUAAACAUCGAAGUUCAACAUGCGAGUGAACCGGUUAUUGCUGCGAUUGAACGAGUUGGUGGUGUGAUUACCACUCGUUUUUAUGAUUUGUUCUCAAUCUGGGCUAAAAAAGAUCCCUUGUCGUUUUUCCAGCAGGGAAUUCCUAUUCCGAGUUGCAAGCUUCCUCCCACGGAUGCCAUUCCUUAUUAUACAAGUGCUGAAUCCCGUGGUUAUUUGGCUGAUCCACAAGAAAUCGACAAUGCUCGUGCUUGGUUAGCACAAAAGUACGGUUAUCGCCUGAUUACUCCCAAGAUCAAUCCCGAUCAUCCGCUUAAGGAUCCAAGACAAAUUUUCUUCGGUCUCACUCCGGGGUCACUAGUGAGCCUUGUGGACAAAGUUGUUCUGAAGCCCAAGCCAACUGACGCUGAGGCGAAUGCUAGCUCGUAG